GUUCAGUUGUGCUGCUUUUGGUGCUUCUUAUACUCUAUCAGUUUUACAGAAAUUUGAGAUUGAAAGGAGAAGAUUGUGCGAGACUUCGAAAGUUUUUGGAUGAUUAUCGAUUACUCAAACCUACUAGAUUCACUUUUGUUGAUCUUAAUCGAAUCAUAUGUGGUUUUAAAUAUAAGUUAGGUGAAGGUGCUCAUGGAAAAGUGUUCAAAUGAAAGCUUUUCGAUGAAAUUUUGGUAGCUGUGAAGAUGCUCAAUAACUCAAAGGAGGAUGAUGGGAAAGAGUUCAUGAAUGAAAUAGGAGUUAUAGGUAAAAUCCACCAUGUCAACGUGGUUCGCUUACUGGGCUUCUGUGCUGAUGGAUUUUGCCGUGCUCUUGUUUAUGACUACUUUCCAAGUGGCUCCUUACAAAACUUCAUAUCUGCUCCAAAUGACUAUGGCUCAUUCCUUGGCUGGCAAAAGCUGCACAAAAUUGCUAUUGGUCUAGCUAAAGGGAUUGAGUAUCUUCAUCAAGGUUGUGAUUAUCAAAUUCUUCACUUUGAUAUUAAUCCUCAUAAUGUAUUAUUAGCUGAAAACUUCAUUCCAAAAAUCUCUGAUUUUGGUUUAGCCAAGUUAUAUCUAAAAAAUCAAAAUACAAUGUCCAUAACAGCAAUAAAGGGAACUUUAGGUUACUUUGCACCAGAAGUUUUUUCUAGAAAUUUUGGAAAUGUAUCCUACAAGUCAGAUAUUUAUAGUUUUAGAAUAUUGUUGAUAGAAGUAGUAAGAGGGAGAAAAAAUAUAGACAUGGUGCAAGAACAUUUUCAAGUUUUAUACCCAGAAUGGAUUCAUAGUUUAGUAUAAGGAAGAGAUGUGUGUAUCCCGAUAGAAAAUGAAGAAGAUAUUAGCAUAGCAAAGGGUUUGGCUAUUGUAGGACUUUGGUGCAUUCAGUGGUAUCUAAUUAAUCGUCCAUCCAUGAGACAUGUGGUGCAAAUGUUGGAAGGAGAUGAAGAUAAGUUAAAAGUCCCCCCUACUCCU